UCCAGUUGUCCACUGACAGCUUUACAACAGCUACCAUGCAACGUAUACAUCUGGAAGCUGCGGUCAUACUUGGGAUUUUGAUUUCUCAUAUUUCUAGUCUCAGCAAUGUUUCUCCACCUUCUGACUGUGUGGCUGCUGUGGACACCUGCAUGUCCGAUCUAUGCAAGCGGAGUGAAGAGGCAUUUGUCUCUCAGGGUGUCUGUGAGGAUGAAGGGUGCCAAAUAAAAGGCUUAGCGGUUUGUAACAUGACCAUCCAGACUGCACUGGACCAAUUCCCGUCUCUGCACAGGUGUGUGUGUGCCUGGGAGGAGGAGCGUUGUGACUCUAUACAAUCGCUGGCCACACAAUGCCACCAAAAGCCAGCCGCUAAGCAGAGGAGGAGCUCAGUGAUGGACUGGCAGUCGAGCGAUUUAUUAGGCUACGUAUACGAUCAUUCUGCAUCCUGCUUGGACCAAAUAGGAGUUUGUGUCAGUGAUGCAGUUUGCAACAGGUACCUCGCAGACGUCCUUCAGGCUUGCAUGGCACAGUGCGACCGUGACCGCUGUCAGCAGGCGACUCAGCAGUUCUUUGGCAACAUGCCACACAAUGUUGCAGAGAUGCUCGUCAUGUGCGAGUGUGACACUUCAGAUCACAGCUGUCUGAAAAUGACAACCACUCUGCACAGCGGUACAUGUGGAGGCCACACCCGGAUUUGCCAGGAUACAGUAAACCAGUGUGUUGAGGACAGUAACUGCAGAGACCUUUUGAAAACCUUCCGAGCGAAAUGCUGGAGUCCCGAAGAAGCCCACUGCAGCGACAGUGACCUACAACAUGAUGAAUGUAUCACCCGGAUGGAUCCGGCUUUCAUCCGUGGUGAAGAGUCAGAAUGUAAAAUUGCCUUUUUGGCCACUUUGGGCACAGCACUGCACUAUCCGUGUGCAUGCAAAAGGAUGCGCAAUGACGAUCUGCUGUCGUGCAACAUGAUUCACGAUGUGCUUCAUAACAGAUCACAUUUCAUGACACCUUGGAAAAGCAGCAGUGGUCCUACUGAACCUCCUAAACAUGAUGAAUCUGAGCAAGGUCCCACGUGGUCACAUGAUUAUCUAAUGUAUGCUUUUGUAUCUAUGCUACUCGUUGGAGUUGUUGUAUUAAUACCUCUGGCCGUUGCCAGUAAAAUAUGGAUGUUGAGAAGAAAAGACAAAAUCAAAUUUCACCAUCCGCAGAAAAGUAACUGUGUUGUUAUUCUCUGAUGCUCAUUCAUCUGUUAAAUAAUGAAUAUAUCAUACACAGAUACUUAAUAAUUGUAGAAUUGUAAGAUAUAACAGUUGGUCUUGGUAACAGAUGACAAUGUUGAAAGGAGGCCUAAUCAUUGUGAAUUCAGCUAAAAAAUAAAUCUAUUUAAGAGGGUUGAUAAAAAACUACAUUGUUAGGUAUAAAUGUUGCACAUGUCAUCGGUA